GUUUUAUUAACCCGGAAAUACAGCAGAACAGUUGCCCCCCAUACCCUGCUUUAAGAUGGCUUUCAGAGCUGGUUAUGUUUUCAGCUACCUUCUGAAAAUUUUGUUGGAAUACCGGUCAUAAUCUGAUGGUGUGUGGACAUUAGAUCGGAUUUAAGGGGGUUCUGUCCACUUAUAAGUGGUGUCCGAUCUCGACGACACACAGUUUCCCUUCAGCAGUCUGCACGGCGCUCGACUCCUCUGGCUGUAGAGUCGAGUUUGUAAAUAUUUCCAUCUCUCCAGUCAGACUGCAUCCAGAUCAGUGCUUCUGAUCAAAUGGCCACCAUGGAGAAGCUGAUGAAAGCGUUUGAGUCGCUCAAAUCCUUCCAGCAGCAGCAGCAAGGCCCGCUGUCGGCCGAGGAGCUCGUCCAGAAACAAAAAAAAGACCUUGCUACAACCAAAAAGGACAGAGUGACUCAUUGCCUGACGAUAUGUGAAAACAUCGUGGCGCAGUCGCUGAGGACAUCUCCAGAGUUCCAGAAGCUUCUCGGAAUCGCUAUGGAAAUGUUCUUGCUGUGCAGCGACGACAAAGAGUCUGACGUCAGGAUGGUGGCAGAUGAGUGCCUCAACAAAAUCAUCAAAGCAUUGAUGGAUUCCAACUUGCCUAGGCUGCAGCUGGAACUGUACAAAGAAAUUAAAAAGAACGCUGCCUCUCGGAGUCUGCGGGCAGCCUUGUGGAGGUUUGCUGAGCUCGCUCACCUUGUUCGUCCACAGAAGUGCAGGCCGUAUCUUGUGAAUCUGCUUCCGUGUCUGACACGGAUCACAAAACGUCAGGAGGAGACGGUGCAGGAAACUCUUUCUUCUUCAAUUCCUAAAAUCAUGGCUGCCCUGGGUCACUUUGCCAAUGAUGGGGAGAUCAAGAUGCUACUGAAGGCCUUUGUUGCCAAUCUGAAGUCCAGUUCUCCCACUAUUCGGCGAACGGCGGCCAGCUCGGCUGUCAGCGUGUGUCAGCACUCACGCAGACCACACUACUUCUACACCUGGCUCCUCAACGUGCUGCUCAGUUUGGUAGUGCCAGUGGAUGAGGAUCAUUCCAGUCACCUGAUUCUGGGUGUGUUACUGACGCUGCGCUACCUGAUGCCUCUUCUUCAGCAGCAGGCUCCUAACACCAGCCUGAAGGGCAGCUUUGGUCUUGUUCGUAAAGAGGCGGACAUCACCCCUGCACCUGAGCAGCUCAUUCAGGUCUAUGAAGUGACCCUGCACUACACGCAGCACUGGGAUCAUAAUGUGGUCACAGCGUCUCUGGAGCUUCUGCAGCAAGUGUUUCGCACUCCUGCACCCGCGCUUUUGUACGCACUCAUCACGCGUGGUAAAAUAUCACACACCAGUGUCUUUAGAGAAGAGACAGAGUGCCGUGCACGAAGUGGCAGCAUCCUCGAACUUAUUGCUGGUGGGUCAACAUGCAGUCCUCUCCUCCUCAGAAAGCAGAAAGGUAAGCUGUUGUCAGGUGAAGAGGAGGGUUUGGAAGAUGACCCUGAGAGGACAGAGGUCCCCACAGGAUCAUUCUCUGCCUCGGUUGGUGGCGACAGCUCCAGUGAAGCUCCCUCCUCAUCCGGCGUUUCGUCUCUUGGCACAUCUGACAUCAUCACAGAGCAGCCACGCUCCUCCCAGCAUGCCUUGCAGCCGGGAGACUCAGUGGACCUGAGUGCGUCAGAGCAGGGCGUAGGGCCUGAUACUCCAGAUGAGGAAGACGAGGACAUGCUAAGUCGCAGCUCAAGCGGUGGCGCCGGGGUCGUCAGCACGUCCGGUGACUUAGUAACCGAUGGGAACCAGAUGUCAAUGGGAGCAGUGUUGUCGUCGCCCCCUAGUGACAGUUCCCAGACGACUACAGAGGGGCCGGACUCCGCUGUGACGCCUUCAGACUGCGCCGAGCUCGUGCUGGACGGCAGUGAUAGUCAGUACUCAGGGAUGCAGAUCGGCACAUUGCAGGAUGAGGAAGAGGAGGGUGCAGCUCCACCGCCUGAUAAACCUCCAGAGCCUUUCUCUCAGUCAGCACUGGCUUUAAGUAAGCCCCAUCUUCUGGAGGGAAAAGGUCACAACAGGCAAUCAUCCUGUAGCAGUGUGGAUCGAUUCAUACCAAAGGAAGAGGUCCAGGAAGCCGCAGAUCUCGACAACAAGCCAUCUAGGAUUAAAGGAGAAAUUGGUCACUAUACUGACCCAAAGGAAGAGCCUCUGGUGCACUGUGUGCGGUUGUUGGCUGCCUCCUUCCUGCUCACCGGCCAAAGAAAUGGGCUGGUUCCUGAUAAUGAGGUCCGUGUGAGCGUGAAGGCAUUAGCCGUUAGCUGUGUGGGGGCAGCAGCAGCUCUUCUACCCGAAUCCUUCUUCAACAAACUCUACUUGCAGCCAUUAGAAGGACAAGAGCCAGAUGAGCAACAGUACAUCAGUGAUAUACUGCAGUACAUUGAACAUGGGGAUCCUCAGAUCAGAGGAGCAACAGCCAUCAUGUGUGGGGCUUUAAUCCAAGGCAUCCAGCUCAAGACACGCUACAACACAGAGACAUGGCUGUCCCAGAUCCACUCCGUCACAGGAAACUCUGUGACACUCAAAAAUGUUGUGCCUCUGCUGCAACGAAGUCUAAAAGAUGAAUCUUCAGUCACAUGUAAAAUGGCCUGUGCUGCUGUUAGGACCUGUAUCAUGGCGUUGUGCAGUGGAAGUUUAAGUGAACUUGGCCUGCAGCUGCUCAUUGAUUUGCUGACCCUGAAAGACUGCUCCUAUUGGCUGGUUCGCACUGAGCUUUUGGAGACCCUUGCUGAGAUCGAUUUUCGGUUAGUAAGUUUCUUGGAAAGAAAAACUGAGAAGUUGCACAAAGGAGAGCAUCACUAUACCGGGCUGUUGAGGCUCCAGGACAGGGUUCUAAAUGAAGUUGUGCUUCAUUUACUGGGCGAUGAAGACCCGCGUGUGAGACAUGUGGCAGCAAACACCAUCAGCAGGCUGGUGCCCAGGUUGUUCUUUGACUGUGACCAGGCUCAGACAGACCCGGUUGUGGCCAUAGCUCGAGAUCAGAGCAGUGUGUACCUGCAGCUGCUAAUGCACGAGACCCAGCCUCCAUCACAGUUCACUACCAGCACUAUUACACGAACAUACCGUGGCUACAAUCUGGAUCAGAGUGCACCGGAUGUUACAGUGGAGAACAACCUAUCCCGGGUCAUCGCUGCCGUCUCCCACGCCCUCACCUCCUCCACUUCCAGAGCCACCACUUUUGGCUGUUGUGAGGCUCUGUGCCUUUUGUCCAGCACCUUCCCAGUGUGCACUUGGAGCACAGGCUGGCAUUGUGGCUAUGUGUGCUCCUCUGUCUUUCAUCUCAACCGCUCCAGCCAGUACCGCAGCCGAGGACAUUCCUUUAGGUACACACUCCUCAUCUGA